AUCCUUCGUCUGCAUUUAUGGACUACCCGCUUCAAUUCAAACUACAGUUUGUCCGAAGACUGAGAUGGCCAAGUAUUUUGACCCCAAGACAUAUUUUUGUUCAGAACUUUGUUAUCCUGAUCAGAACACGAGAACAGAACGGAAACAGUGGUUAUGUUCGGAACGAAAUUCAUGAAAAAAUAUUUUGGUUCCAGCCAUUCGUUUCAAUAUUCUCACGAGCCCAAAACGUAAAUCGGCUAGUCCCCGCCCUGACCGCGUCAGUCAGUCAGUAGGCUACAGUCUUUGUGCAUCACAAACAGGAACAUUGAACUAGCUUGCAGUCAGAAAUAACGGAAAGCUGAGGACCACACCAGAUCCACAAGGACAUGAUUGCCGCUGCUGCCCUAAAAAACACCCAUCGACAAACCGCUAUUGAAUCUAGGCUGUCAGACGGAUAUCACUAGGCGGGAGCCAUGAUUCCUGUGACAGAGUUCCGGCAGUUCUCAGAGCAGGAGCCAGCAUUCCGGGUUCUGAAGCCCUGGUGGGAUGUGUUCACAGACUACCUCUCUGUGGUCAUGCUAAUGAUCGGAGUGUUCGGAUGCACCCUACAGGUGGUGCAGGACAAAAUCAUCUGCCUUCCACAGAGAAUAUCAAUGGUGAACCAAACAAUACCCUUACCAAAUAAAACCGAGCUGGUCUCACCUGUUGUGUCGCAGGAUGUGCAUGAGAUGAUGGGCCUGAAAACUAACCUGGACCUUCAACAGUAUAGCUUCAUAAACCAGAUGUGCUAUGAGAAAGCCCUGCACUGGUACGCCAAGUACUUCCCUUACCUAGUCCUCAUACACACCCUCAUCUUCAUGGUGUGUAGCAAUUUCUGGUUCAAGUUCCCAGGUUCCAGCUCUAAGAUAGAGCAUUUCAUCUCCAUCUUGGGAAAGUGCUUCGACUCCCCCUGGACUACCAGAGCUCUGUCCGAGGUGUCUGGAGAGAACCCAGAGGAGAAGGUAUUGUUGGACAACAAGAACAACAGUGCCAGCAAAGCGAUCCUCAACGUGUCUGUAGAGGGGAACCUGGACAGCCUGGAGAAGACCCAGUCCCUCAAAUCCAUCCCAGAGAAGAUCAUAGUAGACAAGCCCACAGCCAGCGCCCUGGAUAAGAAGGAAGGAGAACAGGCCAAAGCUCUAUUUGAGAAGGUGAAGAAGUUCCGCCUGCACGUCGAAGAGGGGGACAUCCUCUAUGUUAUGUAUGUUCGCCAGACUGUUCUCAAAGUGUUCAAGUUCCUCCUCAUCAUCGCGUAUAACAGUGCUUUAGUCUCUGAGGUGCAGAUCACAGUGAAGUGCAGUGUGGACAUACAGGACAUGACGGGAUAUAAGCAUUUCUCCUGUAAUCACACAAUGGCCCACCUGUUCUCAAAGUUGUCAUACUGUUACCUGUGCUUCGUGGCUGUGUACGGAUUCACCUGCCUCUACACUUCCUAUUGGCUCUUCUACCGCUCACUGAAGGAGUACUCCUUUGAAUAUGUGCGGCAAGAAACGGGAAUCGAUGACAUCCCAGACGUAAAGAAUGACUUUGCCUUCAUGCUGCACAUGAUCGACCAGUACGACCCACUGUACUCUAAAAGGUUCGCAGUGUUCCUGUCUGAGGUCAGUGAGAACAAACUGAAACAACUGAACCUGAACCACGAGUGGACACCAGAGAAGCUGCGUCAGAGACUGCUGACCAACCACAACAACAGACUGGAGCUGCAGCUCUUCAUGCUGUCUGGGCUCCCAGACACCAUCUUUGAGGUGACAGAGCUCCAAUCCCUGAAGUUAGAGAUCAUCAACAACGUAUCCAUCCCAGCCUCCAUCGCCCAGCUGGAAAACCUCCAGGAGCUGUCUCUGUAUCAGUGUUGCUUAAAGAUCCACACCACAGCCACUUCCUUCCUCAAGGAGAACCUUAAGGUGCUCAGGGUAAAGUUUGAUGACAGCAGGGAGCUGCCUCAUUGGCUGUACCACCUACGGAAUCUAGAGGAGCUCUACCUCAUUGGCUCACUGAGUCCUGAUGCUUCUAAGAAUGUGGUUCUGGAGUCUCUAAGGGAGCUGAAGAAUCUGAAGACCCUGUCGCUGAAAAGUAACUUUACAAAGAUCCCCCAGUCCAUCGUGGAUGUGUCCAGCCACCUGCAGAGGCUGUAUGUUUACAACGAUGGCACAAAGCUGGUGAUGCUCAACAACCUGAAGAAGAUGGUGAACCUGACUGAACUGGAGCUGGUGCACUGUGACCUGGAACGCAUCCCACAUGCUGUCUUUAGCCUCACGAACCUACAGGAGUUGGACUUGAAGGAAAACAACCUGCGCUCCAUUGAGGAGAUAGUCAGCUGCCAGCACCUCCACAAGCUGACGUGCCUGAAACUCUGGCACAACAGUAUCUGCUACAUCCCUGAGCACAUCAAGAAGCUUGGCAGCCUGGAGCGCCUCUACUUCAGCCACAACAAGAUAGAGAUCUUGCCCUCGCACCUGUUCUUAUGCAACAAGCUUCGUUACCUGGAUCUGUCCAACAACGACAUCCGGUUCAUUCCGCCAGAGAUCGGCGUCCUACAGAGUCUUCAGUACUUCUCUGUUACGUGCAACAAAAUUGAUAACCUCCCAGACGAGCUCUUCUUUUGCAAGAAGCUCAAAACCCUCAAGCUGGGCAAGAAUACGCUGUCAUUGCUCUCACCAAAGAUCUCAUACCUGGUUCUAUUGACACACCUGGAGCUGAAGGGCAACCAUUUUGAGCUCCUGCCUCCAGAGCUGCGGUUCUGUCGGGCGUUGAAGCGUGGCGGCCUAGUAGUGGAGGACGUCCUGUUUGAAACCUUGCCUUCAGAUAUCAGAGACAAAAUGAAGGCUGAGUGAAAUGCCUUACAGAAUCUGUGCAAAAGGCCCUGCGAUACAUUAGCAUCCUGUCCAGGGGGUGUACUUGUACAUCAAGCUGCCUCACACUACAUAAACAGGAGAUUGGCUCCUGCCCUAUGGGCCAUUCUGGCUCGGACAAAGCAAGUUACUUAUAUGUGCAAAAAGAAAAUGCCAAUCUUGUCUUAAUCUGACAAUCAUAGUCUACCAAAAUGGUAGAUUUUACUGUAUACUUAGUUUAUCAUGAUCAAACUCUAAGCAGUAUACUGUUCUGGGGUGGAAGUUGUGAUAUUCAUGCACAGCAAAUUCUCCAGUGUUAAAUCAACACUUACAGUGACAGUUUUUUCUACAAGGGUCCACAUGAUUAACACUUUUAGUGUUAUGCAAUAACACUUCAUAUAGUAUUUUUAACACUAGGAAGUGUAUAUAGUUUACACUAAUGGUGUUUUGCAAUAACACCUUAUAUAGUAUUUUUAACCAUUACGCAAAGAGGUCUGUAUCUGUUGACAAGGUCGCUGGUGUUGGAUUAAGGAGAUUACAAUAAUAAUGUCUUUAAUGCUACAUGUUCUUAUGUAAGCAUUUACAAAGACUUCAGGACUGGCAGCAGACAUAUUCGAACUUGAAUAAGUAUAACCAUAGACCACUUAAACUGAUACAACACUUCCAUUAAUGGGUGCCAAAAACAACUAAUUUAGAGCCAUGCCUCAACUAAGCCACACCUCCAAUAUAAUUUCCCAGUGCCUUGCCUUAUCAAGUUAAUUGUAGAUUUACCACCCAUGACAGUAUUUGUUAGUGACAGAGACAUGGUUGUUGAAUUUAUUCAUUUCACUCCUGUGGACUUCCCACUAGAGGUGAAUGUUAUCAUUAAAAUGUAAUGCUUUAGGACAAUACAUUAAAUAUACAAGGCCUUACUUUGAUGGCCAAGUUUUACCCUAACACAGUGGUGUUAGGACAAUCCUGGUUUACAGGCCACAUCUGCAAGUCACAUUAUGCAGGCUUGCAAAGUGAUGUAAUUCCUAUAGAAAACCAGACAGAGUUUUAAUUAUUCAGAAUGACUGUAAGGGUUAGGAACAUUGUGAGGAGACUACCUAAGUCAGGGAUGGGCAACUCCAGUCUUCAGGGUCCAGAAGGGUGUCACACUUUUUCCCCAUCCCUAGCAAACACAGCUGAUUAAACUAAUUACGUUCUAAAUUAGCUAGGGCAAAACGGUGACACCAAUCAGGCCCCUUGGGGCCCGAGUUUCCCACCUCUUAUCUAAACCAUUUAAACUGGAACAGCCAUUUAAGAAAUAGUUGCAUUUAUUGCAUCCAUCUGAUUGGAUUAGUUGAGAAAAAUGUAUGUUAUUUAAAAAUGGUAUUUGUGUACCAUAAUAUUAAUCAAUCAAUGUACAUGCAAAAACACAGAUAUUAAAAACAAUCCUAAAAAUGACUAACUCCAGUAGAGCAUGCUGGGAAAUGUGAUAAUGAUGGGCAUGGUUUUAUUGGGAAUGUUUUACUCUCCACAGAGUAAAACGGACACAAUCCCAUUCUCACACUUAACAUUGGAUAUUAACACCAACACUGGGGUUAUUUUACACUACUGAGUGUUCAUUUCAGAUUUAAUUUAACUUCUGAAUCAACACUAGAAAUGUUACACUGAAAAAUCAACGCUUGGUAACACUGGCCAAUUUGCUGUGUGGGUGUAUGUUUUGAGUAAUAUGUCUAAGUGUUACUUCAUGUCAGAAGGGAAAAUGGCUUUGUGAUGUAAUUAAAUGGUUCUUAACAAUAUAAUUAGUCACAGGAAAGGUAUAUUUUGUAAUGGUGCGUUGUUCAUCCGCACCUGCCCGCAAUUGCUAAUAACCCAUCUGCAACCGCCCGUCUAUAUGUGAUAAAGUGAAAAUCUAACUUGCUAAUAUAAAACCAUUUGCUGUAGGAUAGUGUGAGAUGCCGGAACGAUUUGACAGGGGGUGCAGGAUUCUUUUUUGCCUGAUUUCGAUAUGUUUCUGCUUAUAAUUUCCAACAUUUUGGUAGGCUAUUUGUUAUUCAACUUGUCAUUAGGCCUAUAUGUUGCCCUAGAAGACUAAAUAAACCUUUGCUCACCAGAAUAAUGUCAUACAUUGAUAGAAAUAAUGCUUCAAUCUAGUUGACAUAGGUAAAAAAGAUUAUCUGUGCAAAAUUUCCAAAUUACAUCAGUUUAACCGGUUCUAAGGAAAUAGAAAAGUGUGAAAACGACCCAACAUGUUUGAUAAGAUUUCAGUUCAGCUUGGAUGCAUAUUUUAUAUGGUUGAAAUAGCUUACUGUCAGCUUUUAUGAUGCUGAUAAAGAGAUCACCUCCACAGACACUAUCUAACUGCGCAUUCACAUUCUCUCAAGAUGCUGAAAGAAAGAAAUCUAAUUUCUCCACUCUUGUUCCCAAGUCCAAAUUUUGCUUACAUUUGAUGUAUCAUUUUACUUAAAUAAAUGCUUAAUUCUGCAGGAGUUAAUAUUAAGUCUAUGUGAGAGGUUAUAGACUUACAGUCAGUGUCCAGAUUUCAGUUUCCAUUUAACUCAUCUGAACAGUAGGAUACAGUUCCCUUGACGUGCAACAGGCCUAUUUGAAGUCCGUCUUGUGACUGUGGAAUUUGUAUAGUGCCUCACAAUCAUCACACACAACAUUGCCAGCACUGCUUUCAUCCUCUUUUACCACGUCACCAAUUCUUUCCCAAACAUUACUUUUCUUGGCUCUCUCUUCUCUUUAUUUUCAACUCUCCAUUUCACAGCUUUUCUCUUAUUGAAUUAAAGCCCGACAUUGUCCUUUUCGCCUCCAUGGAUAGACGUUCACUUUUUUUUGCCCAUUCCCAAGUGCAUUUGGGGUUUGGCGUGUAGGCUAUUUGGCGCGACUACAGUUAGGCCCUAAAGAUUAAGCUUAUGCACCAAUGCCAGAUAGCCUAAAAUAAUGAAAGGAAAAACGUCAAUGUAGCCUAUAGAUAUACAUUUCACAAGAAUGAUAGGUUACAUUUACAGAUUUUUUAAGGUAUUGUUUUCUUUUUAAUCAAGCCGCUCGCUACCCACCCACCCUUCAUCCGCACAAUAUUUAAAGACCCUAAACCCACCCGCCCCGCGGAUAUAGCCGUGGGGACUGCGGGUUAUGAGUCAACCCGCGCAUCACUAAUACUUAGCCUGGCUACCAGUCUAUUUGUGCUAAGAUUUGACUCCUUGUACUCUGUGUCAUAUGCCAAACAUAAUGUUUGUGGAAUGAUAGUACAAACAGAUCUGGGACCAGGCUAAGGUAUACUGUCUAUCAGAGGAAAUCAACAACAGGAUUGCUUGUUCUUGUAUUGUUGAUAUUGUUAUUUAUUACACUUGUUAUACCAUAUUAUGCAGUGUCUAGCACAAGCUUCAAUGAACAUACACUGGAUAGAAUGUAGGCCUAUAAUCAGAAAGAUUGAAUAUAUACAAGAAUCAAAAUAUUGAAUGUAUUAUCCUGAAGGGCCUCAUAUGGACUUAAUUUACUGUCCAAAAAUAUUCUAAAAUAGAUAUACUAAAAUGUUUUUUGAAAUAACUUUUCUACUCAGUCUCUAUAUUAUGUAGUACUCGGAUAAUGAAAGUGCUUUAUAUAACGGUGUAGUUGGCUACAAGUGAAAUGUGGACUCAGCUAUAACUGUUUGUCAAUAGCAGGUGGCAAGACCAUAUUUAUCAGGAGGGAUAGCUAGUUUUAGUUAGUCACAGCUUACACAAGCUAAAAAAGACCAGCCAUGUUGUAAUUAAUAUAUUUUUAUUACAAUCCACAAACCCCUUGCACACGCCUUAUAGAUAGAGAGGACAAUAAAGUCCACGCCUUAGACAUUACAGUGUAUCAUAAUCUGAGCUGUAGAUCACUGCAAAGGUGCCAUGGUUAGCUGCUAUCUUAAUUUCUAAAAACAGUAUCCCUACCAUAUUUAGGGCGUUAGAUUCCAAUGUUAAAUAUUCCAACCAAAUUAAUACAGAUGGUAAUGAGAGAAAGAUAAUAAAAAGGCAUAUCUUUUGUACAUAUUUUUUUAUCAGAUCAUCUUUGCUGUGUUUGGUUCUUCAUGUUGAUGAAUAAAAACAGCCAGAUGGCAGCUGCUUCAAAUGUGGCACAAAUA